AUGCAGCUGAUCGCCAUGCGUGAAUGGCAGCACGUCUACGACGAGGAUCAAACACUGUCGGUGGUCAAGGCGGGAACAGCCUGUAUCCUUCGACUAGUCCAACUGGGUCUCGCGCUGCCAGCGCGUCGCGGUGGCGUCGCCCUGGUCUUUGACGACACUGUCCCAGGCUUCCGGGACCUCCGGCAUAUGACCGAGCUCGACGUCGCCUGCAAAUACAUGGUGGUCAAUACCCAUUGGCAGGAGACCCAUAACGGGUCGCAUUUUACGACAGUCUACCACGCGACUUUCCAGAGGACAGCAUACACGUAG